CAGUAUAUAUGUUCCACUCGUAAAAGCGAGCAAAGCAUUGUACGGGUUCGAGUAACACUCUAAAUUCCAAUCUUCUCUUCUAUCUUGCUCCGAGUUCUCUCGUCCGAUUAGGGUUAGGGUUUUACCAUUUCGUCUUUCGGAACUGCUACGCUUCUUUUCUCUGGAGCCAUGGAGUCUACUCAAGUGAUCAAGGUCAAGUAUGGAGAUACCCUCCGGCGAUUCACUGCUGGCGUCACUGAUAAUCACCUGGAUCUUGACAUGGCUGGUUUGAGGGCCAAGAUACUUUCUCUUUUCAAUUUAACUUCUGAUGCAAACUUGGAGCUUAAGUAUGUUGACGAAGAUGGCGACUUGGUAACACUUGUGGAUGAUGAUGAUUUGCAUGAUGCAAUGAAGCAGCGCCUGAAAUUCUUGAGAAUUGAUGUGCAUAUCAGCAAUGACAGUGGUGCUAAGUCAUGUUCCAGCUUCACUUCCAGUGGAAGUGACACUACCUUAAAAAGUAGCGAUCAUGAAAAAUCUUCCUCCACAGCAAGAGGUCCAAGGCGGAUUAUACGAGUGAGAUCUUCCAAAGCCAAUAGUCAACCUGCUGAGUCUGAAAAUGGAAAAUUUGGGACAGAGCCGAUGUCCGAGGCUCUUCAGAAGUUAGCAAAAUCAAGAGUUACGACUGGGAAUGCAACUUCUGCCAAUGGCAGUCAACAGGUGGAUACUGAAAAUGCAAGUGGAGCUACACCUGCAGUCAAAGCCUCAGUGACUGGGAACCCAACUUCAUCUGAUGCCAAUCAACAGGUAGAGGCUGAAAAUGCAUCUAGAGCUGUACCUCUUGUUAUAGCUCAUGAUGCUUUGAAUUCUGUCCCAGAGCCCCUGCGGGAAUCUGUUUCCAAGUUAAUUACUGAGUUGCUUACUUCAAGCCCGGUGAUUGCUCAGGCUGUUGAUUCAGCUUCCAAAACAGCAAAUUUUUCGUUCAAAAAAUGGCAGGCUAUUGCUGCAGCUGCUUCAAGUUCAAAAAAUGGUGUCCCUGGAAAAUCUUCCUCUCCCAAGGCAAGAGAUGCAGGUUCUACAUCUGGGGUUGCAGCUUCCAAUGCUUGCCAAACGGUGGAAUCUGAAAAUGUAGCUAAAUCUGUAGCUAUGGUUAUUACUCCUGAUUCUCUGAAGUCUCUGCCAGAGAACCUGUGCGAUGCUGUUUCUAAGUUUACAACCGACUUGCUGUCUUAUGGACCAGUGGCUGCUAAUAUUGCAGAUUCCAUUUCCAAAAUGGGAAUUCCAAGUCCUUAUUUCCAGGCUCAUGUUUCAGCUGGUGCAAAUUCACAGAAUGGCAUUCCAAGAGGAUCUGUUCCUUCUGAAGCAAGGGGAUCAGAGUCUGUCCAGGUGGAUUCCGCUUCUACUGCUGGGCAACAGGUGGGAGCUGGAAAUCCAGGUAUAGGUUUUGUGUCAGGAGUUGCCCCUGUUGAUCUCAAUAUACUUCCCAGUGAUCCCGGUGCAUCUCACACCACUGAUAUGAAUGCUACACCAAUUGCACCAGUAGUCCCUGAUGGUGAUGGCAAGAAGGGUAAAAAGUGUACUGAUGUUAGUUCAAGUAGCAAGGAUGAAAGUAUGGGGGUAUCUCCAAUUAAUGCUGCUCCUAGUAACUUCCCAACCCAGAUACCUCCAAAUUAUACUCCUUCCUAUUAUUAUCCGUUUAUGGGAGUGCAUCCUGAAUCAUCAUCCCAACUCAGAAGGCAAUUUUCUCGCUCAAUGAGAAAGAGCCCAAAUUCCGCCGAGGCUAGUGGCAUGUUCCACAAGGGAGUUCGCUGUGAUGGUUGUGGUGUCUAUCCCAUUACUGGACCUCGCUUUAAAUCCAAAGUGAAAGAAAAUUAUGAUCUGUGCAGCAUCUGCUUCAUUAAAAUGGGCAAUGAGAUGGAUUAUAUCAAAAUAGACCGUCCUGUGUAUCAUUCCCCACCAUUCUCCUCGGGUGCAUAUGAACAUGUAUUAAUAAUUCUGCCACCAUCUUGUUUCAUGAGGCCACCAAUGCCGAGACCUUCAGUGAUGCAACCACCUCUGAUGGGUUCCCCAGCAUCGCCACAUGCUUUUAGACCAGAGGCUUUGUUCAGGGAGGUCACCAAACAUGUAAAGCCAAACCUGGAUAGUCGAUUUGUUUUGGACGUCAAUGUGAUAGAUGGUACAAUGAUGGCUCCAUCUACUUCAUUUACAAAAAUCUGGCGGAUGCGCAACAAUGGCACUGUAGUGUGGCCCAAGGGGUCUCAACUAGUUUGGAUUGGAGGGGAUCACUUAUCUGAGUCUCAUUCAGUUUACUUAGAG